UUGUCAUGGCGCACAGUUGAUAAAUUUCGAUAGUUUGCGAGUGCAGUGUUUUCAACUCGGAAGAUAAAUUAAAUAAAUACCUAGUAAUUUUUACCUUAAACUGUAAUCUACAUACUUUUAACUAAGCAUUAAAAAUAUUCAACAUGAGUUACAGGGAUACGCUUUUAUACCCCCGGUAUUCCCGACGACAGGUCACUUAUUGCGAUUACUCACUAUUCCCAAGAACUCAUUCAUACUGCGCAGCUAAAGAGCAACGUGUAGGAUCCUACAUAAGGACCCUAAUGAGUUUCGGUUCGUCACCGUCUUCCGUGCUGAGUUCACUGUCGUCGUUCCGCUCCCGUCCAUUCGCGGAUAUAUCAUACAAUCCCACUCCGGACGUAAAUGAAGUUUAUCCGGGCCUCUAUGUUGGUGACGCUGUUGCUGCCAAGGACAAAGCGUUUUUGAGGCGUAUGGGCAUUAACUAUGUCCUUAACACCGCUGAAGGCAAACGUUACACCCAGGUGGACACCGACCACCUCUAUUACCGCGACUGUCCCGGACUUCGGUACAAAGGUUUUCAGCUAAUGGAUCUGCCGUCAACUGAUAUUUCAAGAUAUUUCCAUAUAGCUGCCAACUUCAUUGAUGAAGGGAUUUCUAGCGGAGGACGCGUCUUAGUGCACUGCUUUAUGGGGGUGUCUCGAUCUGCCACAUGCGCGUUAGCCUUCCUCAUGAUCAAACGCGGAAUGUCUUUGGCUGAAGCUUUGGGAACUGUGCGUUGUCGCCGUGACAUCCACCCUAACGAGGGUUUCAUCCGCCAACUUCAACAACUGGACAGGGAACUGCGCCUCAACCGGAUCCGCUGACCCUACCGAAACCGGUCUCUGCAGUCACUCUUCAAUUUCUCAUUAGACGAUGCAGAUAGACGCCGACGAGUACGCAGUCUCGACCGAACUUACCUCUACCAUUACUAAAAACGAUCUUAAAGUUUAAUAUUUUAUUGGGACUGAAUUGCAAGCGUUUGUACCUAUACAAUAAGAUACAAAUAACGCUGCAACACUUCAAAAAUUGUUUCCAAAUUCGUUAAUGAUGAAAUGAAGAGUACUUAGACUAACACUCGUGACAUUUACAAGAUUUACACUUAAUUUAGAGUAACUUUUUAUAAUAUAGUACAUACAGUUAUACAGGAUGUCCCACGGCAACACCACAUAGUCAGAACAUACCGUGAACAUAUAUUGUACAAUUUAAAUAGACCAUUUUACCUAAGGACACUUCAUUUUAUUUUCAAAAACAAUAUAAACUGCUAUCCAUGUGACGUUGCCGUAAAUCACCUGUAUAUGGAUAUUUUUUGGCCUAGUGUUAUUUGUGUAUUCUGGAGAGUUUGUGCCCGCACGUCGCCAAAUAUACCUAUACAUCAAGCGGGCAAUGGUUCUGUUUGUGAGCUCCGAGCUCUAUAUCUUGAAGAGUAAUUGUUGAAAUCUUUUACAAUAUUAUAUUUUGAACCUUAUUUUUAGAUUUUAAAAUUCAAAAUCGAUAGUCAUAUUCUGUACAUAUUUUGACUGUUAUUUGAUCUUACUCAAUAUUAUUAUACUACAAAAAUAAACUUAAAAAUUAUAUAAAAAAUAUUAAAGUAGAUGUUUAUGAGAGUUCGGCCCAUUCGAAUUAUUGAUACCUUCUUAGGAACGUUUCACGUUAAAUUUAUUGCUAAAUCCAAAGGUCAGUCAUAUUUUUUUUAAUAAUUUAUUUUUAUUUAUUUUUUUUAUUAUCUUCAUGUUUUCGUUUUGAUACACUUAUGUUAAUAUUUCACAUAGAAUUUAUAUUUUUAAUAAUAAACUGUAUCUGUAAUCUCGUGUGCCAUUUUGUUUUGUAUUGAUAGAUAUGUAUGGCUGUUAUUUUGUAGAACUGAAGAUAUAAUUUUUAAUUCUUUUAUCGUAACAUAUACUAGAAUAAGACUAAUGUCCAGUUGUUAAGAUGUUGAAGCUUCUAUAUAGCAUAGCAACUAUUGGUAUCUGACUAUAGUACAAUUGCCUAGCCUUAUGGUCAUGAGAUGACAUCGUCGUAUGCAAUAAUAAUUCCCGAGAGUAUAUUUUUUAUUAAUAUUAAGUUUUUCUUCAAGACUGGCAAUUAUGGCACUUGAGUGAUGGCUAACUGAUAGGUAGUUUAGCAUGUUUGUCAUUGACGCGAGGGCAAGUGUUACACAGAGUGAGCACUCAUUGUCCGCCGCCGCGCACUAGUUGCCAACAAACGUAACAUUUGGCUGCACAUAUGUGUCACUAUUUAAUUCUAUUUUGAAUCUUACAUCUCAUCACAUAGAGCAAUAAAUCAGAUGACAUAUUUUUAUAAUACUUUCUAUUGUUAUAUUUAUUAAAAUGUAUUUUAUUGAGACUAAUUAGCGCAGUUGAUUAGCUAACAACUUAUUUCCAGUUGCAAUGGUUUACUAAGAGACAAGUAGUUGGGAGUAAGGCGUGGUUCGUGACUGAUGAUGAACUAGUCGGUGUUAUAAGUGCAAUAUUUAGAUGUAAAGAGCACCAAAGGAAGCAAUCAUUGUGAUAUUGAAUGUGAAGGAA